AUGUUUUUCUUGAUUUCAAUCAGACAUAGUUUAAAUGACUUUACAGUCAAACUCGGCCAUAACAUACAAAGUGUUAGAUAUUGUGCUGAAGAAGAUAUGAAUUAUACGCUUUUAUCUCCAUGGCAUCAUGAUUUUGUGAUUGCUUUAACAGAAUACACAAAUGAAACAAAGCUUUCAUAUGCUCAACCAAUUGGCACAGAGCAUCACCCAUAUGAUUUCACAUUACCAGCUUAUAGAUUCCCAACAGGAAACGCUGAAAUCAAUAUCGAAUUAAAGAAAGACCAUUGCGUUGGAUUUUCAUAUGCAAGUAUACUUCGCUCAUCAUGCAUGUCUAAUCUCAUAGUCUAUGUCAAUGAAACAUUUAAUCAUCAUUGGGAUACAUCCAUAAGAAAUGCAGAUGAAUGCAUUUUCUUUGCCCCACCAGCAAAGCAUAAGCUUUUCAAGUUAGACUGCAACAUGGCCAACGAUAAAGUUUUAAUUUAUCGUGAUAAUAUGGUUCAUAACCAGUUUGAUGAUAGUUUUGAAGGCAAGGCCAUAGCUGAUUACAAGAUUGCAUACAGCAGCCCUAUAAUUUUCAGACUUCAAACAAUGCACGAUUCAGAACCAGGAUAUGCAAACAUUACAGGCUAUUCUAAAGAGCCAAUGAAGAACCAAUUGAACUACUACGGUCCAGUUGUUACUGUUAAGCCAGAAGAUAUCAAAGUUCUUAGAAUUAUGGGUGUUCACUACUACGCUCUUCCAAUUCUUGGCUGCGCACCAUCCGCAUUGCUCUUGACUGUUUGGAUCUACGCAUUCCUCUCAAUCAUGCGUAAGAAGCCACAAGAUAAAACAGAAAAUCAGACUCCAAUACCGUAA